AUGGCUUCCAAGUGCCUGAAGGCCAGCUUCUCGGCGGGGUCUCUCAAGAGCCCGGGCGGGGCCCGGGGGGGCUCCCCUCGCGUGUCCGCCGUGUACUCCAGCAGCUCCUGCAAGCUCCCGAGCCUCUCCCGCGGGGCACGGAGCUUCUCCGCGUCUUCCGCGGGGCUGGGCAGAAGCAGCUACAGGGUGGCCAGCUGCCUCCCCGCCCUCUGCCUCCCCGCCGGAGGCUUCGCCAUGGGCUAUGGCGCAGGUGGGGGCUGGUAUGGGGAGGGCGUUCUCACGGGCAGCGAGAAGGAGACCAUGCAGUGCCUGAACGACCGCCUGGCCAGCUACCUGGAGAAGGUGCGGCAGCUGGAGCAGGAGAACGCCAGCCUGGAGAGCCGCAUCCGGGAGUGGUGUGAGCAGCAGGUGCCCUACAUGUGCCCUGACUACCAAUCCUACUUCCAGACCAUCGAGGAGCUCCAGAAGAAGGCCCUGUGCAGCAAGGCCGAGAACGCCAGGCUGGUGGUGCAGAUCGACAACGCCAAGCUGGCGGCCGACGACUUCCGGACCAAGUACGAGACGGAGGUGUCCCUGCGGCAGCUGGUGGAGGCCGACAUCAACGGCCUGCGCAGGAUCCUGGACGAUCUGACCCUGUGCAAGGCCGACCUGGAGGCGCAGGUGGAGUCCCUGAAGGAGGAGCUGCUCUGCCUCAAGAAGAACCACGAGGAGGAGGUGAACUCGCUGCGCUGCCAGCUUGGUGACCGGCUCAACGUGGAGGUGGACGCUGCCCCUCCUGUUGACCUGAACCGCGUUCUGGACGAGAUGAGGUGCCAGUACGAGACCCUGGUGGAGAACAACCGCCGCGACGCUGAAGACUGGUUUGACACCCAGACCGAGGAGCUGAACCAGCAGGUGGUGUCCAGCUCGGAGCAGCUGCAGUCCUGCCAGGCCGAGCUCAUCGAGCUGCGACGCACGGUCAAUGCCUUGGAGAUCGAGCUGCAGGCCCAGCAGAGCAUGAGGGACGCCCUGGAGUCCACCCUGGCGGAGACGGAGACCCGCUACGGCUCCCAGCUGGCCCAGAUGCAGUGCAUGAUCAGCAACGUGGAGUCGCAGCUGGGUGAGAUCCGGGCAGACCUGGAGCGGCAGAACCAGGAGUACCAGGUGCUGCUGGACGUGCGGGCCCGGCUGGAGGGCGAGAUCAGCACGUACCGGGGCCUGCUGGAGAGCGAGGACUGCAAGCUCCCCUGCAAUCCGUGUGCCCCCGACUACUCGCCCUCCAAGUCCUGCCUCCCCUGUCUUCCCGCGGCCUCCUGCAGCCCUGGGGCGGUCCGCGCAGCCAGCAGCCCCCGCCCUGUCUGCGUGCCCUGCCCGGGGGGCCGCUUCUGA